CAUCGCAAGCGCUGCCGGGACACGUGACGUCAACUCCAACGCCGGAGUUGCAAGUUGCCGGAGCGGGGCGUGCGCGCGGUUUUAGGUCGCCGCCGAUCAUUCCAAAUGUGCGGAUAAUCCUGUACGGGGCGACUACUCUUCGUCAACAUCAUCACCAUCUCGUCGCCAUCAUCAACAUCGUCGUUAUCAUCGCAGCGCUUUUUUUGUGUCCUGGGGAGCGCCGCUCGGUUUGGUGGGGGGGGUGGGUGGCGGCGGUGGCGGCGGUGAUGAUGAUGAUGGGGGCGACAUUUGUUAAGUGUUGGGUCUCAGUGUAGCGGCGGUCGUAGGAGUCGUAGUUCGUGUAGAUGUUAUUGUUCAAGAUGCAUCGUUAGCAGGGCACUUUAUCACCGUGGCGAUACUCGCAGUGGUAACCACAAGCGUACGCUGCCCCAUAGACAGAUCGCCCAGCGUGCAGCAGCAGCAUCGUCAUAUACUGUAUUGUGGAUUAUACGCUUGCGGCCGGCGACUACUCCGGUGAGACGUGGCUUGUUGCAAAGAUGCUCAAAUGCAUGCCUCUGUGGCGAUGCAAUCGGCACGUGGACGCCAUAGACAAGAGGCAUUGCUCGCUGGUCGUGGUGCCCGACGAGGUUCUGCGGUGUGGCCGCUCCCUGGAGGAGCUGCUCCUGGACGCCAACCAGCUCCGCGAGCUGCCGAAGCAAUUCUUCAGGCUACACAACCUCCGCAAGCUGGGACUCAGCGACAAUGAACUCCAAAGGCUUCCGCCCGACAUUGCCAACUUCAUGCACCUUGUCGACCUGGAUAUGUCCAGAAACGACAUUGCAGAGAUACCAGACAGUAUCAAGCUCUGUACGUGUCUGGAGGUUGUGGAUUUUAGUGGCAACCCACUUACAAGGCUUCCUGAAGGCUUCACACAACUAAAGAGUUUGAUUUAUCUUUCACUCAAUGAUGUGUCUUUACAAGGACUGCCAGAUGACAUUGGAAAUUUGUCAAACCUCGUAACACUGGAACUGAGAGAGAACCUUUUAAAGACACUGCCGACGUCGUUGCAUUUGCUCGUCAAGCUGGAACAGCUGGACCUCGGGAAUAAUGAACUGGAAACUCUGCCUGGGUCUCUGGGAUCGCUGCCCAAUGUGAGGGAGCUCUGGCUGGACGGGAACCAACUUGAAGCCCUUCCCUCGGAGAUAGGGGAACUCCGGAGGCUGGUGUGCCUCGAUAUUUCUCAGAACCGGCUGGAGCGGCUGCCAGAUGCCAUCGGUGGGCUGGCUGCCCUCACGGACUUCCUAGCCUCCCAAAAUCACCUUGAGGAGCUCCCAGAAGAACUUGGGAAACUGAAACACCUGUCAAUCCUGAAGGCCGAUCAGAACCGCCUUACUCACCUCCCCGAAGCCAUUGGUGACUGCGAGAACCUCACUGAACUUAUUCUCACUGAAAACCAGCUGGUGACCCUUCCUGCCAGUAUUGGGAAGCUUACAAAGCUUACAAACUUGAACUUGGACAAAAAUCGCUUGAAUUCAAUACCUCCUGAGAUCGGGGGCUGCGGUGCAUUGAACGUGCUCUCACUGCGAGACAACCGCCUGACGCAAGUUCCCGGGGAGAUUUCCGGUGCCUCCCAAAUUCACGUGCUCGACUUGGCCGGCAACAGGUUAGAAAACUUGCCGAUAGAACUGGCCAAGUUGAGCCUCAAGGCUCUGUGGCUAUCCGAAAACCAGUCGCAGCCCAUGCUGAAAUUCCAGACGGAGGAGGACGUGCGGAGUGGCCUCAAGGUGCUCACCUGCGUGCUGUUGCCCCAGAGGCCUCCGCUCAGCAUGGACCAGGUGCUGGCGGAGGAGAGUGACAACAGCCCCCCACCGGGGGAUGAGAGCAACCGGGUGAGCGUCAUCCAGUUCCACGCCGACGUUCCGGAGGAUGGAGAUUCCAACGACCACGAGCGAAAGAAAAUCCAGAGGAGGGCCACACCAUACCCAAGCGAGCUCAAGGCCAUGAAGAAGAAGCGGGACGAUGACAAACAACGUUCCGAGGAGCCCCGUGACGCAUCGGACAAGCGGUGCAGUGACGUGUCCAUUCAGAGCCAUAAUUCCACAAGGGAGGCCCAGGAGAGGCCAGCCUCUCCGGCAGACGGGGCCACUGGUCCGGGCGACCACGUCGAACCUUCAAGACCUGAGCCUGGAGCAGCCUUUCAGAUGGAGCAGUACGAAGAGGAACCUUCCGUCCGCUUUGCCGAAGACACCAUCGACACGGAAGAAGAGGAGCCCGACGAUGCUUGGGAGACAAAGCGGCUGAUCCGCAAGGACACUCCGCACUACAAAAAAGGAUUCAAAGUGGCCAAGCUUCCCAAGCCAGAGGUGGUGAAGGCACUUCUCAGCGGCAGUUACCAAGAGGUUGACGAUGAUGACGAUGAUGAGGAGGAGGAGGAGGAUGGGGGAGAAGAAGAUGGAGAUGACGAUGAUGAUGAAGAGGAGAGGGAGGAGGAGGAAGAGGAGAAGGAGGAGGAAACCGAGGGUGGAGACGGUGCGGGAGGAGCUUAUGAGCGGAGCAGUGAGAGGGAGGAGGAGCAAGAGGCAGGGAACGAGAGAGGAGGCGAUAUGGAAGGAGCAAUAGAUGGGCGAGAGGUUGCGGAGGAGAUGCCCUUGGCUGAAGAGGCCCUCAACAACAACGUAUCCACACUGCAAGCUGUAAAGGGGGUUUCAUUUGAUCUAGCCAAUAACCUGCUCAUCGAGCCUGCCCGCCUUGAGGAGGAUGAGAUUAAAAUCGUAGUGUACAGAAAAACAGGUGGCCUGGGCAUCAGCAUUGCUGGCGGGAAGGGAUCAACCCCUUACAAAGGGGAAGAUGAGGGAAUAUUUAUUUCACGGGUGUCGGACGAGGGGCCGGCAGGGAUCGCCGGUGUGCGUGUUGGUGACAAGCUGCUGCAGGUGAAUGGCGUGGUGCUGGUGGAUGCCGAGCACCAGGAGGCGGUGAGCGCUCUGAAGAACAGCGGCAGCGUCAUGGAGCUGCUGGUGCUACGGGAGCGCAUGGUGGAGCCCGAGCACGCCGUGAGCGUGGCACGGCCGCCCCCUCCGCAGUCCCCUUCGCUGCCGCCGACACCCACGCCGCAGCCGCCACCGCCGCCGUCGACGCCGGCGGCCACGGCCCCUGAAGCGGCGGCGGCGGCGGCGGCGGUAGCGCCGAAGCUGACGACGCCGGCGCAGCCCCCCCUGCGCGAGCGCCGUUCGGCCGUCACGUUCGCGCCCGAGCCGGAGCCCACCGUGAUGCGAGAACAGCUCUCCGUGCGGCUGCUGAGGAACGAGAGAGGGCUUGGCUUCAGCAUCGCCGGCGGCAAGGGGUCGACGCCCUUCAAGGGCUCCCACAGCGGAAUCUUCAUUUCAAGGAUAGCGGAGGGUGGCACGGCAGAUCUGGAGGGCACGAUGGCUGUUGCGGAUCGCGUUCUGGCUAUCAAUGGCGUAGACAUGACAGAAGCCAGGCAUGACCAGGCGGUAGCCCUUCUUACCUCCUCCGCGACCUCAAUCACAAUGCUGCUCCAACGGGAACAGCUGGAAUACAUCCAGCCAGGGCUCGUGGAGAGCAGGCCGCUGGGCCAGCUAGGCGGACAGCUAGAUGGCCAGCUAAAGGCCCAGCCAGACGACCAGACGGACGGGCAGUCGCCGGUCCUACCGGACGGCCUGCCGGCCGGGAAACCGCCAGGACGCUCGUGCAGCCCGCCGCCUCAGUACUCGAGCUGGGAGCUAGAGAACGGCCAGACCAGGCCGGAGAGCCCACCGCCCGGCUACCAGGCACAGGGGCACAAACCCCCAGGCAGGCCCAGCAGCCCCCCGCCCGGGUACCCGCUUAGCCCGGACGAGGAAGAUGGGGAUGAAGAGGAUGGGGAGGAUGUUGAUGGGGAGGAUGGGAAUGGGGAGAGGGGGGAGGAGGACGAGGAGGUGAAGCUCGGCGACGAGGAGCCAGCGGACGUGGAGCCGGGGAGCAACCACGUGUCCGAGCAGGAGGAGCAUCCUUACCCCGUUGAGGAAAUCGUGUUGCUCAAGACUGAUGGACCCCUGGGCUUGAGUAUAGUCGGAGGCAGCGACCACUCCAGCCAUCCCUUUGGCAUCGACAAGCCUGGGAUAUUCAUCUCGAAGAUAAUAGCCGACGGCCAGGCGGCCAAGACGAACAUGAGGGUUGGCGAUCGCAUCCUGUCGGUGAAUGGGCUGGACGUGCGGCACUGCACGCACCAGGAGGCGGUGUGCGCGCUACUCGGGGGCAAACCAGCCAUCCACAUGUUCGUGCAGCACGACCCGCCGCCCCUGGGCAUGCAGGAAAUCGAGAUUGAGAAGAGGGUCGGAGAGAAGCUGGGGAUGAGCAUACGUGGAGGCGCACGGAGUCACCCGGGUAACCCGUUUGAUAGCGGCGACGAGGGUAUCUUCAUCUCUCGGAUCAACAGCUCGGGAGCGUGCGGCCGCGAGGGACAACUGCGUGUGGGCAUGCGGCUACUGGAGGUGAACGGGCAGUCCCUGCUUGGCGCCACGCACACGGAGGCGGUGCGAGCGCUGCGCUCCGUGGGCGACAAGCUGGCGGUGCUCGUGUGCCACGGCUACGACGCUAGCGCCGCCAAGGAGAUAUCGCCGGGCAUCAUCGCCAACCCGUUCAUCAUGGCGGGUGGCAGGAAGAACAGCAUGGAGAGCAUCUCGUCCAUCGACCGCGACGUAACAAUGGAAGAGGUGGAGCUGCUGCACAACGAGAAACUGAGAAGAGAGUGUGAAAGAGCAUUGUGCCUUAAGGAAGCUACACAGGCCAGCGCCGAGGAGCGCGGGCAGGAGGUGGACAACCGCGUGAGCGACGGUCCCAGGGAAGAGCGAGCGUUGCAGGGGUCCGCGUCUCGACAGCACGCUACGGAGACGUUGCAGAAGCCUGCCCAUGACGAGUGCCUUAUGGGGAACAACGAUCACAGCAGUGACGACUCGAGCCAGUGUCCGGAGUUAGAUGCUGCCAACACGGGAGGGAUACCCUCUCUCCAAUUGGACGACAAAGACUGCAACCUCAACACCAGGCCCGAGGGGCACGAGGUGUUCGUGGAGAGCCGAGCGCCGGCGCCCGUCAGGACGGCCAAGGCCGAACGGCGCUACCAGGAGCGCGCGAGCGGCGGGCCGAGCCCCGAGCCGCUGCCCAGCGACGGGGAUCUCUCCCCGGCCGAGCGCAGGGCCCUGCAGGCGGAGAAGAGAGCCAUGUGGCGCGCCGCCAGGAUGAAAUCUCUCGAGCAAGAUGCGCUAAAGGCCCAGAUGGUGAUCGCCAAGGCGCGGGAGAACCAGAAGCGCAACAACCUGGACCGGCUGUCCGAGACCCCCUCGCCUGCUCUCUCGGCCUCCCCGUCUCCGCACGACGAUUACAAUGUUUACCAAUGUCUUAAAGAUGAAACGGGCUCUCCACAAGGGAACUUGGGUUCUGAAGCCAGUCUUGAAACAGGAUCUCAGCUGAGCUGGGUUCAGUCGCCGACCACACUAAAUGCACCGUCGGACGCCCAUACGCAAAACACAAAUGUAUCCAGAAGUGAUGACACUCAUUGAGGGGACGGUGGUGGAGAGAACGGACAGCGUACACCAAAUGCCUCAUCUGGCAGAAAUGCCUUUUUUUGGCACCGACCAGGGACACUUUCUGCUGGUGUAUCGUUAACUAGUUAUGGUUUUAUAUGUUCCAGUUUGCAUGUUUGAUAUGUUUCAAAACGGGAUGUAAACUUUCAGUUUAAAUGCUCUCAAACUAGAACGAUGAGUAGCGUUUUAUUGUAAAUUUGGUACAGUUAGUAAUGUGUAAAAUUUAGAACUAGAGCCAUCGUUUUUAAACAAAACACUAAGAGGUGUAGAACGGGGAUAGGUUUACAAGUUUGACACAUCUGUAAAAUAAACUGUGAAUGAUUUUAACUUUUAUAUUUGCUGCUUCUUGGUGGGUGUACACGAUCGGAUGUGAAUUUAUAUAUAAAGGAAAAAAAAGUACAUCACUUGGCAUUUUAUUUUUGUAAGUUCUUUUACAAUACUGUAGGGUUAGAAAAAAAUAAAACACCAGUUCCUCCCUUUUGGGCACCGACUUCUUUAUCAUUCAACGUUCUCAGCCUCGGAUAGGUUUCUAAGUGCUUUAACAUGUAAAGUAGCGCAUCAGUUGUUAGUCGUCGUAAUAGCUGUUUUUGUAUGUUAACGCAUUACGCCUGUUUUGUAAAUCAGUGGAAAUAAAUGUUGAUUUAAUUUUCCACCGCUAACAUUUCAAGUAUGCUCUGUUGCUUAACAAUGAGUGUAAUUCUGUUAUGUUCUGUUAUGCUUGUGGGAAACAUUUUUGGGGGAAAUAAAGCAAGUGAAUUUCAUCAUCUU